UCGCGGCCUGGAGGUGCAGGAUGGAGGAGCAGCCGAAGGAGGGCGAGGCCGAGGUCGCCGAGCACUGGUUCUCCAAGUGGGAGCGCCAGUGCCUGGCCGAGGCCGAGCAGCAGCAGCAGCUGUGCCCCGAGCUGCAGGACGACGCGGCCGCCGACGCGGCGGGGCUCAAGAGCGAGCAACAGAGGCUCUGGCAUCUUUUCCAGAUCUCGGCCACCGCCGUGGCCCAGCUCUACAAGGAUUCCGCCUGCCAACAGCCAGGACUGUCUAUGUGGGACCCCUUCCAGAACGCGGCCAUGGCCGUGACCAGCCUGUACAAAGAGAGCGGGCAUGCCCACCAACGAAGUUUUGACCUGGGCGUCCAGGUUGGCUACCAGCGGCGCAUCAAAGAUGUACUGGAGUGGGUGAAGAAGGGCCGGAGCACCAUCCGUCGCGAAGACCUCAUUACCUUCCUCUGUGGCAAAGCGCCCCCCGCUGCUCCCCCCCAGCGCACCCCCAGGACGACCCCGAAGCCGUCCGCCGGGGUUGCCACGCAGGCUGCGGGCACCGAGUCCACUUCGUCGGUGGAUGUCGACCUGCAGCCCUUCCAGGAGGCCAUCGCCCUGCAUGGCCUCAGUGGCGCGAUGGCCAGCAUCAGUGUACGAUCCGGAGCGCCUGGGUCCCCUGCUCCAGACAGCGCGGUGGCCACCAGUGGGCGUCGAAAAAGUACCUUCCUUGAGGACGACCUGAACCCCUUUGGGGCAGAAGAACUGGCCCUCCGUCUGGAGAGUGGCAGCAUCCGCAAGCGCUCCUCGGCCCAGUUCGGUGAUGGCACCAUAGACUCCCCAUCCCACAAGCGCAACCGAUUGGUCUAGACUGCCCCGUUGCGCGCCCACCACCAUCUUGCUUGACAGCUCACUUGACCUUCAACAUGCUUGUCGAACGGCUACUGGGGAUCAUCUGUCUGCCUUCUCCAAGUUAAACAAAGCUUUCGGUCCAGUUUACCAGAAAGAAACUCCAAAAGUAUUCCAGAGAAUGGCUCGGCUGGCUGACUUUCCAACAAAUACAAUGUUAUUAGGGAACAUGCAGUACCACCGAGUCAGCAAGACCGUGUGAAGCGAAGAAGUAUGCAGUCAGAGCGGGAGCCUACUAUAUCUUGUGCAUAGCUAUAUUCCUUAGCACCUUGCACAGUUGCUGGUGCUCAAAAUGUUUGUUGAAUCUAUUAAUUUGACCUAAUUAAAAAUUCAUAAAGGA